AAAAUAGAGGAAAUAAAGAUACCACUAUUGUUGUUGAUGAUCAGGCACCGUCUACUAGCGCUGGAGCUGGUUCUAUUCACAAGACACAAGAAACUUCACGUCGACCACCGACUGCAAUACAAUCAAUUGUAAACGUCAUUAAAUCCACUUGGUUAAAUGUUCUUUUGGUUUUCAUCCCACUCGGAAUUCUUUCUCAUUUUUUGAAUUGGGGCGAUGUUUCGACUUUUACACUGAAUUUUUUUGCCAUUAUUCCUCUUGCAAAACUUUUGGGAACGGUCACGGAAGAUAUUGCAUUGAGAGUUGGUGAGACGAUUGGUGGACUUUUGAACGCAACAUUUGGAAAUGCUGUCGAAUUGAUUGUUUCAAUCUUGGCUAUUCGUCAAAACCUAAUACGAGUCGUUCAAGCGUCAAUGUUGGGUUCAAUUAUCUCAAAUCUGCUGUUGGUAUUAGGAAUGUGUUUCGUGGCAGGCGGAUAUUAUAAAAAAGAACAAAAUUUCAACCAGACAGCAGCUCAAACCUGCGCAAGUUUGAUGACACUAGCGUGUAUUGCAUUGAUUAUUCCCGCUGCAUUACAUGCGGCUGUAAGUACUGACAAAGGCAAAACUGAGGAGGAAAUUCUCGAUUUGAGUCGUGGAACGGCGGUAGUUUUGCUUAUUGUUUAUGGAUUUUACUUAUUUUUUCAAUUGAGAACUCAUAAAUUUCUAUAUAAUGAACUUCCAGAAGGUGCAGAAUGCGCAGAAGGCGCAGAAGGCGAAAACGCAGCGCCAGAGGAGCCAGAAGAACCACAACUUUCAUUAUCAAUAUCAAUUGCAUCGUUAGCAGUUAUCACAGUUGCAGUCGCAAUCUGUGCCGAAUUCCUUGUUGGUUCGAUCGAAGGCAUCGUCGAAACUUCGGGUUUGAGUAGUACCUUUGUUGGUCUUAUUUUAUUACCGAUAGUUGGUAAUGCAGCAGAGCACGUGACAGCAGUUUCCGUGGCAAUAAAGGAUAAGAUGGAUCUAGCAAUUGGUGUUGCGGCCGGAAGUUCUAUGCAAAUUGCACUUUUCGUUACUCCUUUUUUGGUAAUCUUGGGAUGGAUAAUUAAUAAACCAAUGACAUUGUUCUUUGAGUUGUUUGAAACAAUUGUUUUAUUUAUUUCAGUUUUGAUAACGAAUUACCUUAUUCAGGACGGAAAAUCUAAUUGGUUGGAAGGUGUAAUGUUACUUGCCACGUAUACGAUUAUUGCCCUGGCUUUUUACUUUUAUCCUGAUGACACCUGA